CGAGCUUGAUUCACCUUCACCCCUGCGGCGCGUCCGCCGAGCCUCAGGCGAAUCCCGGCGAGCAGUAAACCAUGAACGGGACAGUGGAUUAUUUGGUCACGGAGGAAGAAAUCAGUCUUACUAGAGGACCCUUAGGGCUGGGCUUCAACAUCGUCGGUGGGACAGAUCAGCAGUAUGUCUCCAAUGACAGUGGCAUCUACGUCAGCCGAAUCAAAGAGAAUGGGGCUGCAGCCCAGGAUGGGCGGCUCCAGGAGGGUGAUAAGAUCCUCUCGGUAAAUGGCCAAGACCUAAAGAACCUACUGCACCAGGAUGCUGUGGACCUCUUUCGUAAUGCAGGCUAUGCUGUGUCCCUGAGAGUACAGCACCGGUUACAGGUGCAGAAUGGACCUAUAGGACAUCGAGGUGAAGGGGAGCCAAAUAGUAUUCCUGUAGCUGUGAUGCUGUUGCCAGUGUUUGCUCUCACUAUGGUAGCAGCCUGGGCCUUCAUGAAAUACCGACAACUGCUUUGA